AUGGAUUCCAUGAGUUCAUCCGUGCACUUGCUGGCAGUUCUCUUCAGUGAUAAUCGCAUAAGGAUAUAUCAAGCUGAUAAUAUAUGCGAUAUACCAUUUGCAACGAUAGAUUAUGCUUCGUUUAUGUGCGCAAGUGAUCGUACAUGUGAUGGAUAUGGUUCUAAUAGCUAUGGUUUCUUCAAAUCGAUAGUUUCUUUUGACUGCAUAGUCGAACCUGAUGAAGCUCCAGUUGUGAUUGCUAUUGAUUCUGAGGGCGAAAUGUAUUCUACAGUGAUAAAUAUCAACACAACCACGCCUGCUUUGACUCGUCCUCUUAUUCCUCCGUCGAAUUUGCCAUGCGAUCCAGUCGAUCUCAGACUCGUUGAUCAUCCUAUGAGUGAUCUCUUCUCUGUUUUCGCGGUCCUCUCCGCCAGUAAUGCGAUCUGUUUUGUCGUAGCGGUGCCCGAUGAACAUGCGAGUUACAGUCUUUUCCUUCAUGAACAACUACAGCUACCGCAAAGUAGUUCGUGGAGUUUAUGUACUGAUAGUUUUGAAUCCACUAUCCUCGUUGCCAAUGAAUCUACCGUUUACCAUAUAGACCUUUCCUCUUGGCUUCAGGACUAUGCGGAUGCACUCGGCGAGCCAGGAACCGGUAAAACUGCAUCAACCUUGAAGGGUACUGUUACUCGUGAACUGAUAUCUACAUUGCAUCAUCAAGAGAAAACGGAGUUGCCGCACUCUCUCUGUCCUGCCCAGGAACGUGCUGUAGGACUCCUCUGUAAGUCGACGAACCCUCGGGCGAGUACAAUUAUGUUCAUUGCUUGCACUCAGGAUCCACCACUGGCGACUGCUUUUUUGAAGCAAACAGUUACGGGUUCCCAGAUUCCCGAUUCUGAGCAGUCGGUGGUUCCCAAAGACAUGCGAUUGAACGUAAACGAGAAAGUUUUGAAUACUAUACUUUCUAAAAGAAAGGCCCUUACUCCAAUUUUAAAAGCUCCAUCUUAUCAGGAGCAGUUGAAAAACCUUGCUGACUUUUUCGAUUGUGCUCACAAAAAUCAGAUAGUUUUGAGAGCCGCACUGGAAAUGAGUCAAGACAGGCUUAACGUUCUCGUUACUUUCGCAGCUCAAUUAGCAGAAAGACAAAGUAUUUUGAACCAGCGGCUUUUACAGGUAUUUCGUCAGAAUGUUAGCCUUAGAGAGAAGAAUGAGCAGUUGCGCACCGAUGUGUCGAAGACGCUGUCGCGAGUCGAUAAGCUUUCUGUGCGCUUAACGGAGAAUCAGAAGCUAAGUGCAGAGGAACUCAAAUUGCUGGCGAGAUUAAAGGAAUGUCGGGCGAAGAUGCUGUCUAACUCAGUGAAAGUCUCAAAGCUCUCAAUAGAAGCUGCUCAACUAGAGAGGGAAACUCGUGGUACAGCACGACCCUUCACUGCUUCAAUGGGUGCUAAUUUGUUCAUCCUUGAGCAUGGCAAAGAAGAACUCACCGUACUGAAGAAACGCCUGGAAAAUCUAUGCGUAAAAUUUGCCGAGUUACGUUCCCAUGACUUGACGGAAAAUAAGGAAAACAUGGGUAUUUGA